GGGGAAGAUGGCCGCAGCGUCAAUGUCAGUCCGAUAUACGGAAAGUCGUCGUAAUGAUUCUUUCUUCUCUUGACUGCGCUGUACAGACGGGGGUGGCAUCUUUGCACGUCAAUGGUCUUUCCCAUUUGUUCUAAUCGUCUCCUGUUCCUUGCAUCCGCAUUUUGCUCAUCAAGUUAAAGGGGUAGAAGAAUCAUGGCGCCUUCAGAAGUUCGCAUCGGGUACGUGCCGGAGCACUACCUCCUCCCAUUGCACCUCUGCACAAAACACAAUCUAUUUCCCUCUUCGAUAAAAACCACAUUGGUUCCGUUCCCCUCUGGCACCGGACACAUGAUCACUUCCCUACGUUCAAACGAGAUCGAUCUUGCGAUUGGCUUGACAGAAGGCUGGGUUGCAGGCCUGUUGAAUGCGGACAACUACAACAAGGCUGGGACAGAAAAAGGUUACUCAAUAGUCGGAUCAUGGGUGGCGACACCACUGAGAUGGGCAAUCGUUACUGGUCGGAAUCGAAACGACAUCAAUUCUGUUGACGAUCUCAAGCAGCACCGCCGUGUCGGAGUCAGCAGAAUGGGGAGUGGUAGUCAUGUUAUGGCAUUUGUGCUGGCCCAGCAGGAAGGCUGGCUUCAUCAAACAAAAGACCAAAAGUCGGAAGGGCUCUCGAUUGUCCCACUAGGCCCUUUCAAAGAUCUACGCGAUGGAGUCACCAACGCCACCGCUGACUUCUUCAUGUGGGAGCACUUCACGACCAAGCCAUACUUUCACGGAGAGAGUACACCACUGAAAAAGAUUGGAGAAAUCUACACACCCUGGCCAAGCUGGCAUAUUGCUGCGUCGAGAUCAACUUUUCCGGAUCAGGAGUCAGACGAUACGUUGAAGCAAAUAUUCCAAGCCUUUGACGAAGGCGUGAAGAGUUUCAACACUGACACCGACGCUGCUAUAAAAAUGCUAGGCACAGGUGAGGCGCAGUGCCAUUAUUCCGAAGAAGACGGCCGAGAGUGGCUGAAGGACGUCAAGUUUGUGGGAAGCACGAGAGGAGUCGACCCGACUGUCAUGAGUGGUGUGGUUGACGUUCUGAAGACUGCCAAUGUAAUCGGUACUGAUGUUGCUAUCAAGCCUGGCGAUGGAGUCGUGGGAAUAUCCAGGCAAGGAACGGAGUAGACUAGGCAUUCCAAGACCGUUGAGCUCCUAUUGAUGGAGAUUUUCCAUUCUUCGUCUGCCGAAGACAGAUAACCUACAAUCUUUCUCGUCAAAGCAAUUCACGCAGCUACCAGUCUGAGCCGCAGGAGUUAUGCAUGGUAAUCGGGGUUUGCUGUCUGCUCGAUGACAAGGGAAUGCCCAUGUCCGAGAGUACAUCAGGAGAUGGGUUUUGAAGACGUGUAUCCAAUCUACGAUUAUUUAUA